AAAAAAGAACGUCACAAUUUUAUGAUUCAUGUCAAAAUCAUGUGCAAAAUAAGAAGACUAACAAAAACAAUGUGAUAGGUACUGUAAUUUGUUAUCUCAUUUCAAACUGUUGUUUAAGUAUAUAAAGCAAUGAUGUGAAUGAAGAAAUGAUAAAGAAUGUUAUCAAACAUUAAAUCCAAAUUAUUAAAUGUUAGUAAAAAUGUUUUCUCUCAAUCUGACAAAAAUGAGAAAAAUACCAUCAAUUAUGAAGCAGGCAGCGAAAUAUUAGAUUACUUCCGAAAUGAAUGGUCUUCAUUACAUAAUGCUAGUGAAGAUAAUGCCAAAAAGGCUGCAGAAGUAGCCGAAAUAAUUGAUACUAUACAAACCAGAAUCAAAAAGACAGAAAAUGAUUUGGAAACAAUAACAGACAUUUUAACUGGUUCCAAUUUAACUAAUAACAUAAAUGAAGCGCACGUGAAAAUAAAUGACUUGCUAAAUUUAUGUGACACUGUAGAAAAAGGUUUGAUAGAAUUCGAACGAACUGUUGAUGAGAUCGAAUUUCAAGAUAUGAAAAAAAGACAUGCCUACCAUUUGACAAAAUAUGAAGAAAGGAAAGAAGAAAGUUUGAAAUUAUUACAAUUAAAACUAGAAGAGGAAAGAAAUGAAGAACUGGCGAAGAUUGAGUUAGAAAGAGUUGAAAAAAUGAAAGAGAGACAAAAAGUGUUUCAAGAGGCCUUUCAAAAUGAUCUUGAAUUAUUCAAGACAUUAGGACAAAUUCCUAGACUGGAGUUGAACCAACAAUCAAGUGCCUUACUUGAAGAAAUUCAAAUAGAUUAUAAUAUGGAAGAAUUAGACCAAUUUUUUGGGGAGAGUACUAUAGAAUAAUUAAUUAUACACACAUAUACUCAUAUUUUUAUAUAUUUUUGAAAAUAUAAAGCAUUUAUUUCUGUUGG